UAUACGUUCUACUCAGAACAUGAGCUGAAGAGGCGUUCGCCGUACCUUUGUCCAAGCUAUCCAAACGCGAAAAUCCCAUAAAUGGAUCGGGGGUCGAAGCGGCGGCAGGUGAAGCCUUUGGCUGACUCUUUGCUGGAUGCUCUGGAUUAUGACAGCUCAGAUGACAGUGAUUUUGAAGUUGGAGAUGCGUCAGGUUCGGAGGGCACUGGCAACGGAAGUGAUGAGGAGGGUUCAAAGGACAGCGUUGGGGGCUCUGAGAGUGACUUUGACGGUGUUGGCUCAGCCAAUGAAGAGGGCAUAGAUGAUGAAGAGGCCAAAGAAUUGAAUGAAGACACUGAAGAAGAGGAGAAAGCCAAGGACCAGUCUUUUUCCGAGGAGACCAGCAGCAAAGAAGCAGGUGGAACCUCCAAGAAUCGCAAAAAAGGAGAAAAAUCCUCAGAUACAGAACCGAAUGGUACUGGCACCGCAGAGGAAAGCUCGGCAGAGCCGAAAAAAUGGAACCUACGGCGGAACCGGCCCAUGCUGGACUUCACUACAAUGGAAGAGCUAAACGAAAUGGAUGAUUAUGACAGUGAGGAUGACAAUGACUGGAGGCCCACACAAGGAAAAAAGAAAGGCAAGGCAUCAUCUGGGAAGGAGAAAGAAGGGAGUCAGGAAGAGGAGGACGGAGGUAGUGAUGAAGAGGACAAUGAGGAUGAUGAGAAUGAGACCAGUAGUAGUGAUAGUGAGGAAGAAGGUAAGAAAUCAAAGAGGAAAGCAGGCAAGAGCACGGGAGCGUUUGAUGAGGAGGAGACCAAUGACAGCCACAGCACAUCCCAUGGGAAGGGCAAUGAGGACUCUCUGUUGGAACGGCCCCAGACCUGGAGCUCCCAGCGGAUGGAGCAUAUCCUUAUCUGCUGUGUGUGUCUGGGAGACAACAGCGAAGAUGCGGAUGAGAUCAUCCAGUGUGACAACUGUGGCGUGACCGUGCAUGAAGGUUGUUAUGGUGUCGAUGGUGAAAGUGACUCUAUCAUGAGCUCAGCCUCGGAGAACUCGACAGAACCGUGGUUCUGUGAUGCAUGCAAGAAUGGCGUCACACCCAGCUGCGAACUCUGUCCCAGUCAGGACGGCAUCUUCAAAGAAACUGAUGCGGGGAGGUGGGUGCACGUGGUGUGUGCCCUUUACGUUCCAGGGGUCGCAUUUGGAGAUAUUGACAAGCUGCGGCCUGUAACACUCACAGAGAUGAACUACUCAAAGUAUGGAGCAAAGGAGUGCAGUUUGUGUGAGGAUGCACGCUUUGCUCGCACAGGCGUUUGCAUCAGCUGCGAUGCCGGAAUGUGCCGCUCAUUCUUCCACGUUACGUGUGCUCAACGAGAAGGGCUGCUGUCUGAAGCUGCUGCGGAAGAGGACAUUGCUGAUCCAUUCUUUGCCUACUGCAAGCAGCAUGCAGACCGCUUUGACAGGAAAUGGAAAAGGAAGAAUUACCUGGCCCUGCAGUCCUACUGCAAAGUGUCUUUGCAGGAAAGGGAGAAGCAGCUCACACCUGAAGCUCAGGCUCGAAUAACCACGCGGCUUCAGCAGUACAGAGCGAAAGCAGAGCUGUCUCGAAACACUCGGCAGCAGGCAUGGGUGCCACGAGAGAAGCUUCCCCGGCCGCUCACCUCUAGUGCUUCAGCCAUCCGUAAGCUGAUGCGUAAAGCUGAGCUCAUGGGUAUCAGCACAGACAUCUUCCCCGUGGACACAUCCGAUACCAGCGCAAGUGUGGACGGACGGCGUAAACAUAAGCAGCCUGCCCUCACGGCAGACUUUGUUAACUACUACCUAGAGCGGAACAUGAGGAUGAUUCAGAUCCAGGACAACAUCGUGGAGCAGAAGAACCUUAAAGACAAGCUGGAGAGUGAGCAGGAGAAACUGCACAUAGAGUACAACAAGCUGUGCGAGUCUCUGGAGGACCUGCAGAAUGUCAAUGGCCAGCUGAGGACUGAGGGCCAAGCCAUAUGGAGCAUGAUGGGGGGGAUCCUUGGACAGAAAGUGAACUCUCCUCCAGUUCUGAAAGCUCCCAAAGAGAGAAAGCCAAGCAAGAAAGAGGGAGGAUCACCAGGGAAGGCAUCGAACCUCCCAGCUAUGCUCUACAGCUGUGGGAUCUGUAAGAAAAACCAAGACCAGCAUCUUUUACUUCUAUGUGACACCUGUAAGCUGUAUUACCACCUGGGCUGCCUGGACCCACCUCUCACACGCAUGCCGAAGAAGACCAAAAACAGCUACUGGCAGUGCUCUGAGUGCGACCAGGCCAGCAGUGACGAGGCUGACAUCGCCAUGGAGACGCUACCGGAUGGAACCAAAAGGUCCAGGAGGCAGAUCAAGGGACCAAUCAAAUUUAUCCCUCAAGAAAUGAGCCCAGAGCCCAAGAAGCUUCAAGUGAGAGGGACUAGAACCAGAGGCCAGAAGAGGAAGAGAAUGUCCAUCUGCGAAGAGGAGAAGAUCGAGGAACCGUCACCGCGGGAGCGCAGACAGAGGCAGUCAACUCUGCAGAAAAAGCCCAAAGCCGAUGACACGCGGACCGAGUGCACCACCUGCAAGGGCCCCGGCGAUAAUGAAAACCUAGUGAGGUGUGAUGAGUGUCGGCUCUGUUACCACUUCGGCUGUCUGGACCCUCCCCUGAAGAAGUCGCCCAAACAAACCGGCUAUGGAUGGAUCUGUCAGGAAUGUGACAUCUCUUCAUCAAAGGAGGAAGAACCUCAAGAGGUUGAGGAUGAGUCUGUGAAAGAGGAAGGGACUGAGCAGGAGAUCCCAGACUGAAAAACUCUCAACAUUACCUCACGUGAAGUAAUCGUCUUGUCUACACAGUCAGAGCCAUCACCUCAUUUCCUGCUGAAUAGCAGGAUGCUAAAUAAUUUUCACAAAUUAAAUGAACAGACGUGAACUGCCACUGCUUCACCAGACUGAAAUUGUCCUCCUUUAACCAGAAAAAAUUGUAAAUGACCACAAUUGCCAGCUUAAAAAAUUGUCAAUGCUGUGAUCUCUAUAUAUUUUUUUCAAAUAUGUAGGGAAUUGUACAGACUCGAUGUAUGUUCAAGUCCACCGUCAUGAAUGCUGCAGCUGAUCAUGAUCUGCAUGAGAGCCAGUAAAAAAGCCUGUUUUUUAAAAGUUAUUUUUCAUACACUAAUUGACAUAUCCCAUGACUCAUGGAUGUGAAUAUCAUCAUGGUAUCAUGUGUCCAGAAAUUCCUCAAGCAGUGUUUCUGAUCAUAUUUUUUUAUAUAUAUACAGAGACUGCACACUGUUCGUCCUGUCCCGCCAACACCCUCUUUGUUUAUCAGCUUUAUAAUAUUUGCUUUUGUUUUUAUUUCAUAUUUUUAAACACCAGUGCAUUAUACGCAUAUGAACUGACAGUUAAACUGACAGUGGCUUGUGUUAUAUAAAUCAUUACUUCCUGAUCUAAGAGCAAAGUCUAUUUUAUUAUUUUUUACAAAUCUCAUUUUUAUAAAUGCAGUAUAUUCAAGAACAUGCUUUAUCAUUGACAGUGUUGUUGUCUGUGCUCAUGUUUGGGGCUAUUCUCAGUUUUAAACAUUAUUUCAGUGUAAAAUAGUGGGACAAUUCAUCUGCCUCAAUGCUUGAGUUCAAGACAAGUCUGUAUUUAGGUACUUUAAAA